AUGCAAAUAAUCAAGAAUUACUAGUCUAAAAAUACUUAGAGAAGAAGCUUCAUCGUAAAGAAGAGAUUCGCAGCACUUCUUUUCGGGUUAAUGAUCUCAUACCUCUAUUUACCUCGAGAUUUCUUUGGUACUCUCCAUUAAGAGACCCAUAUGGAGUUCGAGGACUAUGUUCGCUAUUACAAAUAUCCCAUCCAACGUCAUGAAGUCGCUACUCCAGAUGGAUACAUAUUAACUGUUUUCAGAAUUCAAGCUAAGUAUUAAAAAGAGUUUAAAUAAGGUCUACCUGUAGUUUACCUUCAGCACGGUCUAUUGGAUUCCAGUGAUUCAUUCAUAGUCAACUAAGAAAGUAAAGCUCCUGCUUUCAUGCUGGCUAAUCGCGGGUAUGAUGUUUGGCUCGGAAAUUUCAGAGGAAACAAACAUUCUCGCAGCCAUGUCAUUCUUAAUCCUGAAUCUCCCAAUAAGGAAGAAGUGCGUCGCUUCUGGAAUUUCUCUUUUCAUGAAAUGGGCGUUAUUGAUAUUCCUUCUAUAUUUGAAUAUAUCCAUAACUUCACUGAUCGUAAAAUAAACUUUAUAGGCCAUUCUUAAGGAUCUAUGUCUAUGUUUGUAGCUCUUACUGAAGAGCAUCCCGUAGUCAAAGCUUACAUUAAUUAGUUCAUAGCUUUAGGACCUAUUGCUUAUAUCUAGCAUGUUACUUCUAUACCUCUUUAACUCUAUAAUUUUGCACGCUAAUUUAUUGAUUUAACAUAACUUCUUUACAAAAUUGAAUUUUACGAAUUCAUUCCUUCUACUUGGUUUACCACUGAGGUUGUUUCCCGCUUUUGCAAUGUCUUCCCUCUUGCUUGCUCUUACGCUUACGGUUUAGUAGGAUCAAUCGACCCUAUGCUAGACUAAAAUGACCGCUACGAUGUUAUUUCUGCACACAUACCCUCAGGAACUUCUCUCAAAAAUAUGAUGCAUUUUCAUCAACUUAUUUCUACUUACGAAUUCAAAAGAUUUGACUAUGGCCCUGAAAAGAAUAUGAAAUACUAUGGAUAAAAGACUGCUCCUUUCUAUGACCUUAGCAAAAUAAAUAUUCCUGUUGCUCUUUUCUUAGGCACAGAAGAUAGAUUAGCUGUCAAAGAAGAUGUUCUAAGAUUAAAGAGAGAACUAUCUAACGCUUCGGAGCUUUAUUUCUAAGAAAUCCACUCUGGACAUACUUCUUUCAUGUGGGGCAAAGAUAUGAGUUAUUUCGAAGAAGUUUUUAAUUUACUUGAAACUCAUGAUUUUCAUGAUCUGAAUUACUACACAUAAAGUACUAAAUUGACAUCUGCAUCUUAAAAAAAUAUCACUAACUCAUCAUUAACAAUUGAAAAUUAAUGA